GCAGGGAGGGGAGUGUUUCCUUAGCAGCUCGUCUCUUGGUGAAGUCAGGCGUACGCACCUGCCAGCAGUGAUUCAUAUUUUUGAAGCCACUGAGAAAGAACUGAUAUUUCGCUCCCGAAGGUAAUGGACAUACAAUGGACAAUGGAAAGUAGCAGUCAUUUGUGAUAGCAGAUUAUGUAAUUAUAUGUGCAUAUUUCCAGACGUUUAAUGUGGAGUUUAUUUUAAUGGAAGCGCAACCAUGCAGAGUAAUCAUACAGCUGUCACCAGCCAUUAUCAGGUGCUGAGCAUCUUCCUAAUGUCAUUCCUGGCUGUGAUCAUUACUGUGGGAAAUGUGCUGAGUCUGACCGUUUUUCUGGGCUCCAGACAUUUCCGUAGUCCGCAGGGAUUCCUCAAAGUGUCCCUGACCUCAGCGGACCUGGCAGUGGGUGUUGUUGUGGUGCCAUACUCAGUGUACAAUGAGAUUGAAGGUCUGGUGGCAUCAUGGGGUCAAAGUUCUAGCUCAGGCGCUAACAUUUCUGAUGAGGUCAGCGUGUCUGAAGGCUUUCAGCCUUGCUUCAUCAUGGGGCCCGUAUUUGCAGGCUGCACCUUGGUGUCCAUCACCACCAUCUUCCUCCUGUCCCUGGAGCGAGGCAUCACCGUCCUCAGACCCCUGCAGAAGAACAUCAUUGUGACCAAAGAGAGGACUUUAGGCCUAAUUUAUCUCACCUGGCUACUGUGCUUCUCCAUAGCUGUGUCCCCUCUGCUCAUGUCUGAGGACAUAACCUUGAAGUUUGACUCAUGCAGCAAGAUGUGCAACUACGCCCCCUGUCCAGUUGAGCAGCACUACUCCCCUCACAAUGACAGUUAUGACAGCCCAUUGGCCAGCUUAAUGCUUGUGUUCCCCAUUUUUGAUUUCACCAUGCUGGGCACCACCUGUGUGGUCAACGCCAUCACCUUCUCCGCCGUGAGACGUUUCUGUCGGCUCCGGAAGCAGGAAGCGGCAAAGUUCCUUGUGUCGAGUGGGCCGUCCUUCUCGGACAUCCGCGCCGCCAAAACCAUCAUCGUCCUCACGGCGUUCUUCUGCGCCUCCUUCACGCCGGUGGCUGUGCUGGUGACGGGCAGCGUGCUGGGCCGGCGCUGGUGCCACUUCUCUCUCUACGCCUUCUGGAUCCUGACCUGCAGCAGCGGCUGGAACGUGCUCAUCUACAGCGCCCACGACCGCCACUUCCGCCAGCGCGUGCGGGAGCUCCUGCUGGGCCGCAGGCCCGUGGACGGAAGGAUGAGAGGGAACAGGAGAGGGAGAGGAAUGAGGAGGUGGUGGAGGUACCACCCCGCCGUUGAGCGCUGCCAUGUGGGAGGACGCAUGACAGUGAUGGGGGACACACUCAGGCCAGAGUUGGCCCAGGCUUACUCCUCGUACCAGGUGGACGUCAGCUCACAGCACGAGCUGACCUUAAGCACACUCCAUUGAGAGGUCCUUCAUCCAGUACUUUAUUCACAGGGGAACCCAUGCACCGCACAUUUGCUAAGUGUGAACAGGGGCUGACAAACAAAGGGUUUUAUAUGACAUUUUAUUUACAAGUAAUUUACAAUAUAUUUAUCUGGCUAUUGUAUCAACAUUUUGGUCAGUUUACACCAGAAUUGUGUAAUAUAUGGCUAAUGUAUCUUUAUUUAUCAAUGUGUUUUAAAGCAUUAUAGAUCUUUUUCUCCAACCCCACUUGCAACAUCAGCCAUGAUGAAAGGAUAUGACUCAUUUCAGAUUUGUACGAUGUCGUAAAGUAGUUAUUUACUCCAGUGUAUUCAUGUAAUCCCUCUCUGCUUGUAACUCUUGUGUCACUAACAUCCUGACUGGGCUUUAACAUGGCCCUUACCCCCUUCAGCUUUGCCUCACACAUGUGACAUUCUACGGUGGUUCAGUUUCUGUUUAUCUAAGUGUCACUGUAGAUAUUAGGUUUAAAGAGCAGUCUGCUGGUGGGGUGCCAGUGGCGUGCAGUGACUUGAGGGGGUUGUCUUUGCUAUGUCAGCCAUCUUAAGCCAGGCUGGAUGAGAUGCAACACCUGCUGCCUCCUCUUUGAUGUCUGAUCUUGUUCUCUGUGUGCUGUGCAUAACAUUAAACACUUGUCAGUCGGUGCAUUGAUCUUUUGUAUUUGUUUAUGGAGGGUCUGAGCGAAUGGCACUGUACACGAAUCCUCCGCCUGUAUUACAGUGACACGUGAAACUCAUGUUUCUAGUAAAGCUAGUAAAACUGGAUUGUUUAAAUAAAUGAAAUAAAUGUUUUACGGAUGCCUACUCUCUCAUGUUCCCUAUUCUCUCACCACAGUACAUCAUACAAUUACUGGUGACUCUUUACAUAAGUAAACUACAAACUACAAGAAGCUCUUGAAGACCCAACUCUUCAGAGAGCACC